AUGUGCAGUGAAUCAGAGGACAUGUGGCAUAUUUAUAAUUUAAUUCGCAUUGGGGAUACUGUGCGGUGUACAACAGUUAGGAAGGUUACUACUGAAUCAAGCACGGGUAGCACAUCUAGCCAGAAAGUGCGUACUGUCCUGUCAGUAUCUGUUGAAAAGGUUGAUUUCGAUCCAGAAGCAAGUAUUCUGCAUUUAAAGGGUAGAAAUGUUCAAGAGAAUGCUCAUGUGAAAAUGGGUCAGUAUCAUACUUUGGAUAUUGAUGUUGGCAAAAAAUUCAGUUUGUGGAAACCGUCAUGGGAUUCGGUCGAUUUCGAUCGCUUAAAUUUGGCACUUAACCCAGCUGCAAGUGCCGAUGUAGCUGCGAUCGUAAUGCAUGAAGGUUUCGCAAAUUUGUGCUUGCUUACAUCAGCGAUGACAAUUGUUAAAGCAAAGAUCGAUAUGCAGAUUCCAAGGAAGAGGAAAGGUUUCGCGCAUCAGCACGAUAAAGGUGUGCAACGUUUUCUGGAAGCAGUAGCGACAGCUUUUGUAAGACACGUCAACCUAAAUGUUUGUUGCUUUCUCUUCUUUUUCAAGAUAACCAUCUCAGUUCUUUUUCUUAUUGAAUAA